AUGUUCAAAUGGUUUAAAAGAGAUAAAGCAUAACUUUCUACAAAUCUCAAAAAGCCAUACAAUCAAAUAUCAAGAGAAUAAGCUUAAGAAAUUCUAGCUAAUUUUUCAUAUAGAACCAUGGCUGAUCUCAUUUAUAAAGAUGAUUCUAAUCCAGAUUUAAACGUAGAAUAAGAAUAAAAAAAGAAAAUUCAAUUAAAAACUGAAUGCUAUAUGGAUGAAUAAGGGAAUUUGCAUUUCAAUUAAGAUGAAGAGCAAUUAUCUUGGGUUGAUGAAGAUUCUCAUAAUGAGGAAGAUGAAUUAGAAAAAUAAAUAUAUGAAUAAAUGUAUGAGGAAAUGUAAUAAGAAUUACAUUAAAGAGAAGAACGAGAACAUUUCAGACCAAUUAUAGGUCCUGAAAACAAUGAUAAUGAUGAAUGGGAAACAGAUAAUGAUGAACAAAAUUGA